AUGAAGCACUUACUUAACGAUGACGUGGACUUUGAUGGUACUUAUGACAGCAACAACAACAACAACCAACACCAACAACAUCGUCACACAUCUCACUUAUCAUUCCAACAACAACUCGCCAACGAAUUCAGUAAAAAAUGGAAUGAAGAUGAACCGAAAGCAUUUGGAAAAGAACUUCAAGACAAACUACAACGGCCUCGCCACCAAGCAGACGAACAACCAGACGAAUUGCGAGAUGAACCGGCACCCCAACCAAUCCGACAACAACAACAGCAACAUACAAAAUACCAGCAACAUUACAUAAACAAUCCGUGUUUGAGCAGUGAGAAUUCGACAUCGACAGAAGAAAGACACGAACAACUUCAACACACCAUCAGAGAACUCACUCAACUGCCAUUUCUUCAAAUGGAGAGUGAGUUUGUCAGCCAUGCUAACAGAUUACUAAGCAAUCUGUCUGAUAGAAUUGAUGCUUACGUAGGUUUAUUUAUAUAA